AUGCCCACGCAACUAGAAGAAUUAGUUUCAUUCCUUCAUUCUCCUCAACCAGCAGUAGUCCAAAUUGCCCUAGAUAACUUGGUAGGGUUCAGCAGUGGACCCAAUGCACAAAUCUUCAAAUAUGACAACUAUCAAGCCAUCAAAGAUUUAAAAAAGCUUUCUCAAGAAAAAUCCAAAAUUUUAGUACAACAAUCUAUCACCAUCUUGGCAAAUUUGUCUGAUGAUGGUAUAAUGAGAAAUUUGAUUGUUUCUGAUUUGGAAUAUUUGAAAUAUCUGACUUGGAAAAUUUGUGAUUUGGAAAACACAUCUGCAGAUAUCAUGUGUAUUCUAUUGAGUAAUCUAGCUAAGGAUGAUGCUAUUAAGAAUGUCUUUGAUAUAAUUGCUACAGAGGAGAAUAUUAAGGUCUUAAACAAGGAUGUGUUUAAGAGUAAACGCGUCAUUGAUUGUUUGAUGGAUUGUUUUGUCAUGGGGUAUGAUAGGAAAUUGAACAAGUUUGCUAAUUUCGAUUAUUUGGCAUUUUUCUUCGCUGAUCUUUCGAGGUUUAAGAUUGGUAGGAAUUAUUUCGUUAAUGAACAAGAAUAUGAUCAUGUGGUUCCAAUUUCUAAAUUGUUAGUCUUUACGGAGAAAUAUGAUAAUAAGACUAGAAGAGAAGGUGUAGCUUCUACUAUUAAGAAUUCAUUAUUUGAUUCGGAACAUCAUGUGGAAUUGUUGAGUGAUGAAAAUAUUAAUUUAUUACCUUAUAUUCUGUUACCGAUUACUAGUUAUAAGGAUUCCGAGAUUGAUGAAGAAGAUAUGUUUAAUUUACCUGAUGAAUUACAAUUAUUACCUGAAGAUAAGACAAGAGACCCAAUAAAUUCAAUCAUUUGUGCCCAUUUGGAGAGUAUAUUGCUAUUGUGUUCCACAAAGAGUUCAAGAGAAUAUUUAAGAAGUAAAUCGGUUUAUCCUUUAGUCAGAGAAUUACAUAAAAGUGUUGAAGAUGAAGAUAUUGGUGAACUAUGUUAUAGAAUCGUUAACACUUUAAUGAGAGGUGAUCCUGCAGAACAAGUGGAGGAAAUACUAUCAAAAGAUAUUGAAGAUGAAAAUGAAGACGAAAACGAUAAAAAAGCCGAAGACGAAGACGAAGAUGACGAUGACGAUGACGAUGAGAUUGUUGAAGUAGUAUAG